GCCAUGCCGUCGGCCGUGCUGACCCCUCCGGCCGCCGCCGCCCUCCAAGAGGCGCUGGACAUGGCGGGCCGCCUCAUCGACCGCCAGCUGCAGGAGGACCGCGCCUACCCCGACCUGCCCCAGAGGCUCGGCGCACAGCCCCCCAAUUGUCCUACGGUUUCUGGAAUUUCCGAUAUGGAUUAUCCUCUUCAAGGACCCGGUUUGAUGUCGAUUCCCAACCUGCCAGAGAUCAGUUCCAUCAGAAGAGUUCCUCUCCCUCCUGAACUGGUGGAACAGUUUGGCCAUAUGCAGUGCAAUUGUAUGAUGGGUGUGUUUCCUGAAAUCAGCAGAGCGUGGCUCACUAUUGACAGUGACAUAUUUAUGUGGAACUAUGAAGACGGAGGAGACCUUGCCUAUUUUGAUGGACUUAGUGAAACUAUCCUCUCUGUGGGGCUGGUGAAGCCCAAGGCAGGUAUUUUUCAGCCACAUGUCCGGCACCUCUUGGUAUUGGCCACACCUGUAGACAUUGUGAUUCUAGGACUCAGUUACACCAAUUUGCAAACAGGUUGUGGAGUCCUAAAUGACAGCCUGUCAGGUGGAAUGCAGUUGCUUCCAGACCCUUUGUAUUCCCUUCCAACAGACAACACGUAUCUUCUGACGAUCACGUCUACAGAUAAUGGUAGAAUUUUCUUAGCGGGGAAAGAUGGCUGUUUGUAUGAAGUAGCAUAUCAGGCAGAAGCAGGCUGGUUUAGCCAACGGUGCAGGAAGAUAAACCACUCAAAGAGCUCGCUUUCCUUCCUGGUUCCCUCGUUGCUGCAGUUCACGUUUUCAGAGGACGAUCCCAUCGUUCAAAUUGCAAUCGACAACUCCAGGAACAUCUUAUAUACCCGCUCAGAGAAGGGUGUAAUACAGGUCUAUGAUUUGGGUCACGACGGACAAGGGAUGAGCCGGGUUGCCUCCGUGUCCCAGAGCUCGAUUGUGUCUGCUGCUGGAAACAUCGCUAGGACCAUCGAUCGUUCUGUUUUUAAGCCGAUCGUUCAACUGGCAGUGAUCGAAAAUUCGGAAUCCGUCGAUUGCCAGUUACUGGCCAUCACUCACGCGGGUGUGCGCCUGUAUUUCAGCACGUGUCCGUUUAAACAGCCUUUAGCGCGGCCCAAUAUGUUGACUUUGGUACACGUCCGCUUGCCGCCGGGAUUCUCCGCUUCUUCUAAUGUGGAAAAGCCGUCCAAGGUGCAUAAGGCUCUGUAUAGCAAAGGUGUCCUUCUGAUGGCAGCUUCGGAAAAUGAAGAUAAUGAUAUAUUGUGGUGUGUCAAUCAUGAUACUUUUCCUUUCCAAAAGCCAAUGAUGGAAACUCAGAUGACCACACGUGUUGAUGGGCAUUCCUGGGCUCUUUCUGCCAUAGAUGAGCUGAAAAUGGAUAAGAUAAUAACACCUUUAAAUAAGGACUUCAUUCCAGUGACAGAUUCCCCAGUUGUUGUCCAGCAGCAUAUGCUGCCGCCAAAGAAGUUUGUUUUGCUCUCAGCGCAGGGGAGUCUUAUGUUUCAUAAACUCAGACCUGUAGAUCAACUGAGACACCUCCUCGUUAGUAACGUAAGUGGAGACGGAGAGGAGAUUGAAAGAUUCUUCAAAUUGCACCAGGAGGACCAGGCGUGUGCCACCUGUCUCAUCCUCGCCUGCUCUACGGCUGCGUGCGAUAGAGAAGUCUCCGCUUGGGCAACCCGGGCGUUCUUCAGGUAUGGUGGAGAGGCACAGAUGCGAUUUCCAUCAAUUCUUCCUCCAAAUAAUGUCGGACCCAUCUUGGGGUCUCCAGUUUAUCCUGGUUCCCCUCUGCCUGUUGGAAGUCCGUACCCCCAUGCAAGCUUUUUGGGGUCCCCAGCUCAAGGCGUGCACCCUCCUACCAUGUCAACUCCGAUGUUCCCUCCCGGAAGUCCAGGAUCCCAGGCCGGCGCAAACAUUGGCGGAAUGAUCGCUCCCGAGUUGGUAUAUUCCGGAAAGCACAACGGCAUUUGCAUUUACUUCUCCCGAAUCUUAGGAAAUAUCUGGGAUGCAAGUUUGGUUGUGGAGAGAGUGUUCCGGAGUGGCAGCAGAGAGAUCAUUGCAGUGGAAAGCAGUGUGUCGUCUCAGCUGCUUGAGUCGGUGCUUUAUGAACUGAAAGGUUUACAAGAAUUUUUGGACAGAAACUCCCAAUUUGCAGGAGGGUCUCUUGGGAACCCAAACACUACAGCUAAAGUGCAGCAAAGGCUGAUAGGAUUCAUGCGUCCGGAAAAUGGCAAUUCUCAACAGAUGCAGCAGGAGCUGCAGAGGAAGUUCCAUGCAGAGGCGCAACUGAAUGAAAAGAUCUCCCUGCAAGGAAUCCAACAACUCGUUCGCAAAACCUACCAGGCUUUGGCUUUGUGGAAACUCCUCUGCGAGCAUCAAUUCAAUGUUAUCGUAGGAGAACUUCAGAAGGAAUAUCAGGAGCAUUUGAAGAUAACUACUUUUAAAGACCUGGUAAUUAGAGAUAAGGAGCUCACUGGAGCCUUAAUCGCAUCUCUUAUCAACUGUUAUAUCCGAGACAAUGCUGCCGUGGACGGCAUCAGUUCGCACUUACAGGACAUUUGCCCGCUUCUGUACAGCACGGACGAUGCCGUCUGUUCCAAGGCCAACGAACUGCUCCAACGCUCCCGGCACGUUCAAAGCAAAUGUGAAAAGGAGAGGAUGCUGAGAGAAUCACUGAAAGAGUAUCAGAAAAUCAGUCAUCAAGUGGAUCUUUCCAAUGUCUGUGCCCAGUACAGACAAGUGCGCUUCUACGAGGGUGUUGUGGAGCUGUCCCUCACCGCCGCCGAGAAAAAGGACCCCCAGGGUCUUGGACUCCAUUUCUAUAAACACGGGGAACCGGAAGAAGACGCAGCAGGAUUGCAAGCUUUCCAGGAGAGGUUAAACAGCUACAAGUGUAUCACCGACACACUCCAGGAGCUAGUAAACCAGAGCAAGGCAGCCCCACAGUCUCCCAGCGUCCCCAAAAAGCCGGGCCCUCCAGUGUUAUCAUCUGACCCAAAUAUGUUAAGCAACGAAGAAGCGGGACACCAUUUUGAACAAAUGCUUAAACUGGCUCAGCGGUCCACAGAUGAACUCUUCAGCAUUGCUCUUUACAACUGGCUAAUUCAAGCCGACCUCGCGGACAAGCUGCUGCAGGUCGCCUCCCCUUUCCUGGAGCCCCAUCUGGUGCGGAUGGCCAAAGUGGAUCAAAACAAAGUUCGUUACAUGGACUUACUCUGGAAAUACUUCGAGAAGAACAGAAGUUUUAGCAGUGCUGCCCGAGUGCUCGCAAAAUUGGCUGAUAUGCACAGCACAGAAAUUUCCCUUCAACAACGUUUGGAGUACAUUGCGCGAGCCAUUCUGAGUGCCAAAAGUUCCACUGCCAUUUCCUCAAUAGCAGCCGAUGGUGAAUUUCUUCAUGAACUUGAGGAGAAAAUGGAAGUUGCCAGGAUCCAGCUGCAAAUACAAGAUACGCUACAGAGGCAAUAUUCCCAUCAUUCUUCUGUUCAAGAUGCUAUUUCCCAGCUGGACUCUGAACUAAUGGACAUAACAAAGCUCUAUGGGGAAUUUGCAGAUCCAUUCAAACUGGCGGAGUGUAAGCUUGCCAUAAUCCAUUGUGCGGGUCACUCAGAUCCCAUCUUGGUGCAGACCCUUUGGCAAGAAAUCACAGAGAAGGAGCUGAGUGACAGUGUGUCUAUGAGUCCGCCCGACAGGAUGCAAGCUCUUAGUCUCAAGAUAGUGUUACUUGGCAAAAUUUAUGCUGGCACACCUCGCUUCUUUCCGCUGGAUUUCAUCGUGCAGUUCCUGGAGCAGCAAGUUUGUUCUCUGAACUGGGAGGUGGGCUUUGUCAUUCGGGCCAUGCGUGAGAUAGGAGUGCCACUUCCUCGGCUGCUAGAAGUGUACGACCAGUUGUUCAAAUCCCGGGACCCAUUCUGGAACCGAAUGAAGAAGCCGUUACACCUCCUGGAAUGCAUCCACGUGUUACUGUCCAGAUAUGUCGAAAACCCUAACCAAGUUCUGAAUUACGAAAGACGCCGCUUCACCAAUCUGUGCAUGGACGCGGUUUGCUGUUACCUCGUCGAGCUCCAGUCUAUGAGCCCUACCAUGGCAGUGCAGACCAUCAUUGGGAAUUUUAAAUCUCUUCAGGCUAAGCUGGAACGACUUCACUGAGUGGGAAAACGGACUUCAGAAGCCUGUAGUUUUAACCACAAUAAAGACUGAGACAGGUGCCGGGAAUCUCGGAAGCCCUGCGAUAAGAGUUCGACUGCCCGCAGUUUGUUUCCUACAAUGAAUUGGGACGAUGCUUUCCACGGUCUUAACCCGUCGUCAUCUAUAAACAGGAGAGCGUACUUUGCCAGAUUUCUUUUUACUACCACACAACUUUUCUAGUAACGUCUAUUUUUAAAAAACAAAUAACUUGAUAUGCUUUGCAGUUUCUUCCUCGAGGAUUAAAAAUGGUUGGAAACUUAA